CCCUGCCUCACUAGAAAAUCAGGAACCCUAGAAGAGAAGUGUCGAGGUUUUGCAGCCGCGCAGCACUCUAAGCUCAGAGAGAAACCCGUCCAUCUCAGAUCUCAUCUCUCUCAGUGAAAAACGAUGUCAGUCUCAGAGCUUGCUUGCACUUACGCCGCCCUAGUCCUCCAUGACGAUGGCAUCCCCAUCACUGCUGAGAAGAUUGCAACAUUGGUGAAAGCUGCCAAUGUCACAGUUGAGUCCUACUGGCCUGGAUUGUUCGCUAAGCUCGCCGAGAAGCGAAACAUUGAGGACCUUAUUCUGAAUGUCGGUGCCGGAGGGGGUGGUGGUGCAGUUGCUGUUGCCGCCCCAGGUGCAGGUGCCGCUGCCCCUGCUGCUGCUCCCGCAGCAGAGGAAAAGAAGGAGGAACCCAAGGAAGAAAGUGAUGACGAUAUGGGAUUCAGCUUGUUUGAUUAGGAGCUUCCUCCAAACAAGAUAUAGUCCACUUUUCAGUUUGCUGGUUUUUAGUACUUUUGAGACUAGUUAACCAUAUCAAUGUAGUAGGGCUUUCUUUAUUUUUGGCUUUUUGUUAUGUAUUUCUGAUGGACAAAUUGUUCAGAGUCUGGGGUUUCCUGCUGAGCACUAUCAUUUUGAACAAUCUCAUUUUGAGCUGAUAUAAAAGUAUGUCCCCCAUUUAAUCUUAAUUUGAAUGGUUUGCAAUGGUUUUUGAAA